UUCAAACAGCAAAAACACUAAAAAAAUAAAAAAGUUAGAAAAAGCAUUUUAAAAUGUCCAUUACUUAAAACUUAGAUUUCUCUUUACCAGCUAUAUUUCUCUUACCAACUAUUGCAUAUUUGAUUGUUUGCUAUCAGAAACACUUUGCUGUAACUGGAAAUUGUGAAGAUAAUAAGAUUGUAUUGGAGCGACAUGUUUCUUUUCAUCUUAUGUUUUUUUUUUAAUUUUAUUUCUUUAAAUGCUGAUAAAGUAUGCCAAGAUUUAAAAGAAAUGACAGGCUCCAAAGAAUUUAUUAAUGAGAUUUUCGUUAAAUAUGGGUCUGGUAACAGUACUAUUUCACUCUCAAGUUUUAAUGCACUAAUGAACAACAUAUCACUUGGAAAAAUUGAAGUUUUAUGUGAACCUAAUGAUAUUGUGUGUGAAAAAGAAGGUAUUGCUCAGCAUUUUAAGCUAGGAAGAGAAAAUGAUCAUAACCAUGAUCGUAAAAGACGUCGUCGUGAUGAUCUUGAAGAACAUCAUCAGCAUUGGUUGCAACAUAUAAAAUCUUGUUUGAAACCUUUAGACAUUCUUAAGCUUCACAAUAUGUCAGAAAAAAAUGGUUUAUCAAAGGAUGAUUUUUUACGGGUAUGUCCAUCAUUGUUGCACCAGAUUGAUAGCAAGGCAUGUUUACAUGAACAUGUAAAAAUUUUGGGACAUUUACAUGAUAAUAGUGACUUACCUACUGUUUAUGAAAGUUGGGGGUACGGUUUGCUUUCAAUCACAGUCAUAAGCUUACUGUCAAUCUCGGUAAUCAGCAUCAUUCCUUGUUUAAAAAAAGCUUUUUAUCAUGUGAUCAUGUCUUAUCUUGUUGCUCUUGCUGUUGGAACAUUAGCAGGAGAUGCUAUGUUACACUUAAUACCACACGCAUUUGCUGAAGGUGCUAAUAGUGCAGCUAGCUUACGAAUCAGUAGAGAAGAUGAACUGAAGCAGCAUUAUUCUCAAGUAUGGAGGGCAUUAUUUGUUUUACUGGGAAUUUACUUGUUUUUUGUAGUUGAACAAUUGAUGAAGGCAAAAGCAUUAUGCUUCGGCAAGUCUCAUGGUCAUAGUCAUGGUAAAAAAGAGCGUAAGUAUUCUACAGAAAAAGAUAGCGAUGUAUCCUCUGAGAGCAAACACUUUAUUAAAGAGCCUAAAAAUGAUGAAAGUUUAAAAAAAGAGUUAUCAGAAGAGAAGGAAAAAUUAGCAAAUGAAGGUAAAAACAAGUUAAAUCAUGUAUUAAGUUGUGAGUCAAGUAUGCAUCUUCAAUUAGAGGAAGGAAGUAAAACUCAUUUUCAUGCUGAUGAUAGACACCACCACCAUCAUCAUAAUGAAAAAAAAAUUGAUAAAACUACAGCUAUUUCGUCUUUGGCUUUAAUGGUUAUAGUAGGUGAUGGCUUUCAUAAUUUCAGUGAUGGAUUAGCCGUUGGUGCUGCAUUUAGUGCAUCUUUAUCUAGUGGUCUUAGCACUGCAAUAGCUGUGUUUUGCCAUGAGCUGCCUCAUGAAUUAGGAGAUUUUGCAAUUCUUAUUAACUCUGGAAUGACGAUAAAGCGAGCUAUUAUAUAUAAUUUGGUAUCAGCAUUACUUUCGUAUCUUGGAUUAGUGGUUGGUAUAUUUGUAGGAGAAUAUGAAAUUGGUAGACAUUUUAUACUAUCUGUUACUGCAGGACUCUUUCUUUAUGUUGCAUUAGCAGACAUGUUACCUGAAUUAAUGCAUCAAGAAGUUCCUGACCAAUCUCUCAAAAUUACGUUCAUAUGUCAACACCUCGGCAUAUUAAGUGGAAUUGGGAUGAUGUUGUUUAUAUCGUUAUUUGAACACUCUUUUUGAAUUUAAAACAUUUCUAUCGUUGCGUAAACAGUCGAUUUAAUCGUUUAAAUGGUUAUAUUGGUUGAGGACGUAGUGUGAAAUCUUUUCUCAUAGUU